UGAAAUUAUUACAAUCCAUAGCUUGAGGCGUGGUCUUGCAAAUAGACUUGAUAAAGUGGCGACCGAGGCUGAAAGGAGCUAGGUACUUACCCAGAAAGAUAAGAAUGUCUUUGGAAGAAGCUAUAUCGACAGUACCUCAGCACUUAGCACUAUGGAUGCGUUCCUUGGAGAGAAGAUGCGCCUUGACCAUGUUGAAUACCUUCGAGGCGUGGGUAAGUACCGUGUGGUUGGAUAUCCGAGAUGUCUGCCGGCAGAGCGGGAGCAUAAUCUUGGACAUGAUAAAGCCCUACAAGAGCUCAAGAGGCGGCUUCAAGAGCUGCAGAGCGAUGAUGAUGUCAAGGGUAGCGAUAACGACGCUGGUGUUGCUGGUGAUGACGACGUCGAGUUUACUAUCAAGCUUACCAAGAAGCAGCUGCAGGUUCAAAGGACCCGCCUUUACAACACCGAACUAGGAAAAUAUCGAGAUGAAUGGAUUCAGAAUCGCGUCGAGGCGCAGGUAAAAUCAGGAGGCAAGGCUUUGGAUGUGGUUGUGUAUAACGAUAUUACACAAUGCCUCUUCAAGGCACAACCUGAACGGCAGCGUGUCGCUGAGUUGAUGCUAUCAGACAAGUCUUUCUCUUAUCAGGAGACGCUCUCCACCGUUGAGGACCUCCUAGUCUAUUGUAACAAAGACUAUGAUGUUUUCUACCGGCCGGGGGAGGAGCCCAUUAAUGGAAGGUGCCCUGUGGGGGGUUGUGACCUGGAUCGUCUUAAACGCGCGGACCGGUCUAAUCACGUUCAAAACUGCCGGCUUCAGGAGCGCUGCAAGGCCUCCGGCUGUAAAGACACUCAGUUGAAGUACUGCUAUGAAUGUUUUGAUUUCUUCACUGUGGCAGAGUGGGAAGACCAUUGCAAGAACUAUCUCCAGCGCGAUAUCUCCAGGAGAUGCGAAAUAAUCACGUACUGUCAUACCCUCGUUCGGCCUGGCUAUUGUCCAUUUUGUCUCGGAUGCGAUAGACUUCCUCCCUCCCGACGCAUGGAUGCUUGGAAACGGAGCAAUGAGUUAAGGGCUCAUGUCAAUGAAGAUAUCAAGCGGAUGAGCGAUAACUACAUCUGUUCGCAUCCCUUAUGCAACGUCAAAUUUGACUCCGAGAUGCACCUUCGUUACCACUUGUGCGAUAUACAUGGGCUGAAUAAAGCAAUCUGGACUCAAGUGGGUGAUCUUGGUAAAUCGCCAAAGAACAAAGGUGUCAAUGAUCAGGUCACGUCGCAUGCUGGCGCCGGUAAAAGAAAAGGACAGGACCUGCUAGGGCAAAAAGAGAAGAAAAGGAGGCAAGUCGGUCAAGGGCGGCCUGAAGACCUUCAAAUCAUCAUGUGGGAGUAUCCAGAUCCUCCAAAUCACCGCGUAUUAUCCUACGACGACCCUAUUCCUGCUGGCAACGGAUCCGGCUCACCAUCCGCCAAUCCGAAUGAUCUUGUAAUCGAAUUCUGGAAGCGCCCUGUUGAGACUGAAGGGAAUCUAGUCGGACUGUGCACGACAAAGCCGACACUCAGCAGCGGCACUGAUGAGAGUCCUGUCAAAGAUAAAGAGCAUAUUCCUGAUUACAAUGGCUGUUCUCCCUGCACCUCUAGCUAGCCCAGUCCUCCUGGCCUCACUACAAGCGUCGGGUCCGAGCCUUUAAGUACGAGCCCCGAGCUUCCGCCGAUCGACCCACAGAUCUUGCCUGGGGGCAAGGAUUGGUCAGUUGGAGUAGAC